GCUGAAACUUAGCUUGGCUGUGAUUUAGUUUUGUUAAAGUUCAGCCUUGUUGUGUGUUAGUGUGGAAAGUAACCUGGCUAUAAUUUAGCCUAGCUUCCAAAUUAGCCCAGAUGAAACCUAGCUUGGUAGUAAUUUACUAAGUUGUUAUUAAAUUAUUCUAGCAAGCAAAUUAGCCUGGUUCUAACCCAGCUAGGUAUAGUUUAGCCUAGCGUGGUUGUAUCUAGCUGUUAAAUUAGCUGAAACUGAAGCUUUGCCUGUUUGCACCAAUUUAGUGGAAUCAAACUGAUUUUAUUGAGUGUUUGUAAGGAUCUUAGCCCAGUUUAGUUUAACACAUCAGUGCAAUGGAUCCAGGCCGAGAAGAAGCUGAGGUGUUUUCAGAUGGAGAGGACCCGAGCCCUCUGAGACCAGACGAGGAAGAAGAGGAGGACGAGGAGGAGGAGGAGGAGGAGGAGGAGGAGGAUGCGAAGAUCUUUGAUGCCUGGAUGCAGCAGUACAGAGGGGGGAAACAGCAGGGAAAAAUUGGAGAGGAGGAGGAGGAGGAAGGAGAGGCAGAGGGAGGAAGACCUGAGAGCAGAAGCAGUUUAGAACCGCAGGUCCGGAUGAGGACCGACCGCCGGGCGUCGCUGCCGUGUCCGGCUACUCUCUCGGCCAUGCAGCUGUCUCGUCUCCACACGUCCACCCGGGCUCCGGUGACGGCGAGGGUCCUGCUGCGCCGCGCCUCCUCCCGCCGCCUCCUGCCCUCGCCUCAGGAGGACGCCACCCCCACCCCCGCCCCCGAGCGAAGACCCUCCCUCAUCCCCACUGAUCCCAGAGGCCAUGGCGCCGGAGAGGAGGAGCCAGUUCAGGAGACGCAACGUCAUGUCGCUGAGCGAUGCAGACAGUGUGUGUCUGAUCUGUCAUCACGACUUAAGUCGAGGAAGCGGCACCAGAGAGCUGCAGUGCACACACACCUUCCACAAAGAGUGUAUAGAGGAGUGGCUGUGGAGGAAACAGUCCUGUCCUACCUGUCACGUUCAGGUCUCCAUGCCACAGCCGGUCUACUGGAGCUCCACCAGAGUCAAAGUCCCCUAAGACCACCAAGGUCAAACCUGCAGCAGUGGACUGUGACAUCAUCAGAAUCCUCUAAAGCUAAAACCAGUGAGUGGAGUGUGACAUCACUGUGUUCCACCACAGUGUCAUCUGAUGGAAUGUGACAUCACUAACGCCUCAGGCAGUUAACUGCAACAUUGUCAAAGUUUCUUGUGACAUCAUCAUCACUGAGUCGAUGGAUGGGAACUCAUGUGGGACAUAAAACCCACACACACUGGAUAUGAGUAGAUACCUGAAUAACUGGCCAACUAUGAAGCUAAUACACAACCACAGUGACCUCAGCCAUGUGUGUGUGUGUGUGUGACAAAUGUAUUUGUUAGCAAUAUUUUACUAAGCUGACUCUGUUACUCUGUUUAUAAGUAAGUCAAUAAAGUUUUAUUGUAUGAGUGGAAGAAAAUAUUUAAUCGAUAUGACAGUAGAGAACUACAGGAAGUAACACGACAUUAAAGCUUCUGUGUGUGUGGUGGAGUCAGAGUAGAAAAGGAGGAGCGUGUUUCACACUGACAGGAAGUUCAGGUUGCUUUAAAAUCACCAACAGAUGAUAUAAUAAUGUGCAGUGAGGGCGUGUUGUAAUGAUCUCAUCUACACAAAGAACUGGUUUGUUAUUUACACUAGAUAAGAUCUUUAUAAAGCAGAUUUAACAGUCAUUCUUCAGGCACUUCCUGCUCCCUGUGUUGACACUGUUUCUUCAGGUAAACCUGAGCUGAGCUCAUAUUCUCAUAAUCUGUCCAUGCCCAAAACAUUAAUGA